UAUUUAUUCCUAUCAUCUAAUACUUGGAUGAAUUUCCCAGUAACUAUCACGAACCAACCCCGUGGGUGUGUGUGUUUGUAUUGAAAAAUUGUUAUUGUUGAGACUCUAAGCGACUCAUGUUUAUAAAAUGGCGGUUACAGACGAUGAUAUCAUUCGACGCAGGCUUUUAAUUGAUGGAGAUGGUGGAAAUGAUGAUAAACGAAUCAACAGUUUGCUACGUAUGUUGGUACGAUGGUGCAACAUGCCUGAAAACGAUGAAGAGAGCCACCUGACAUAUCAACGAAUGCUGGCCACACUUGCCCAAUGUGAGUACAAUAUGGAGAAGUCUGUGUUGGUUUAUGAAAUGAACCUCACAGAACAAAAAAAAUAUGAACAUCUCAAUCAAGACAUUGAAGAGAAAAUCUCUGAAGCCACAUCAAAAAUCAUUGAUUGUAAACAGGAAUUACAAGAAGCUAAAAGAAUCAGGAAAAACAGACAAGAAUAUGAUGCAUUGGCCAAAGUGAUCCAAAGACAUCCAGACAGGCUUGAAACUACCAAACAGCUACAAGAGCUGGAUAAAGAGCUGGUGAAAUUGAAAAAUCACAAGAAUCAAAUACAAGAGAAAUUGGACUUAAGACGCAAACAGUUCCAUGUUUUAAUUUCUGCUAUUCAUGACCUGGAGGGCAUUCUUGAAGAUGAUGAAAAGAAAGAAGACAUGGAGACUAAUUAAUUCUUUAAAGAUGUCCUGUUACUUGUUCAAGCCUUUUUUUUUUAUGUCUGUUUUUAUAUUGAAAUAAACAUUAAAUGAAAUUUUUAUUAUA